AUGGAAAAUGCCAAACUAGAUGCUCAAUGUGUUGCCCAAGUCUUAGAUAGAUGCUUUCCUACGCAGCCUCAUUUGGGUAUUAGAUUUUUCAUUUGGGCUGGACUGCAGUCUAGAUACAAGCAUAGUGCUUACAUGUACAAGAAAGCAUCAGUUGCCAUUAAUCGAAAUCCACAGGUCAUAUUGGAUGUGAUACUUUCAUAUGAAUCUGAGGGGUAUUUUGUUACCACUAAGAUAUUUAAGGAGGUUUUGAGACUUUGUAAAGAAGCUCAGCAUGCUGACACGGUUAAUGUAGCUUUAUGGCUAUUAAGAAAAAUGGAAGAAUUAAAUUUGUGUGCUGACACCACCGUGUUCAAUAUUGUGAUAAGUUUGUGUUGCAAGGCAGGUGAUAUAAAGACGGCAGAAAACUUGAUUAAAGAGAUGAGUUGUAAGAAUCUCUAUCCUGAUAUGAUUACAUAUAUGACAAUGAUUCAGGGUUUCUGUAAGGCGGGUCAGUUGGAGAGUGCAUAUUCUAUGCUCAAGGAUAUGAAGUUACAUGGAUGUUCACCCAAUUCUGUGGUUUACACAGCCCUUCUAAACGGAUUUUGUGGCUAUGGAUCUAUGGAAAGGGCAAUGGAACUUUGGGAGGAAAUGAAGGAAGAAGGUGGGGAUUGUAGUCCAAAUGUUGUUACUUAUACAUCUCUUAUUCAGAGUUUCUCUAAGAAGGGCAAGUGGAAAGAAGCAUUGCAAAUUUUAGAUAGAAUGAGAGAUUUGGGGUGUUCUGCAAACCAUGUAACAGUUAGUAAAUUGAUUGACAGCCUUUGCAGUGAGGGUCGGGUUGAAGAGGCAUACACGUUAUGUGACAAAGUUAGGGAACAUGGAGUAUCAUAUGAAGAUUGCUAUAAUUCACUUGUGAUAGCUUUGAUGAGGACAGAAAAUUUUGAAGGAGCAGAGAGACUCUUCAGAGUAAUGGUUGCUGGUUCACUUAAACCAGAUAGCUUGGCUUGUAGCCUUGUGUUAAAAGAGCUCUGUUCGAAGGGCCGUGUGCUGGAUGGUUGGUCUCUAUGA